UUUCUUUUUUACAUAUCACAAAGUCUAAGUUUUUUUCCCCCUCUUUACUAUAAGCUCAACUCACAAUAAUUAUCAAUAUGGAUAACAAAGAAGACAAAUCAGAAAUUUCGCGAUCAUCCAUUGAAGAAGUUGAUGUACAUAAAGCAACAAAGUCGGAAGAAGUUAAUAAUGAUCAAGUGAUUGUUGAUCCACCGAAGAUUGUAACAAUCAGAAGUGAUGAAAAUACAGAUGCAGAGCAAGUUAAAGACGAAGAAAAAAACAAUAAUGGUGAUCCACCAAAGAUUGUAACAAUCGAAAGUGAGGAGAAUAGAGAUGCAGAGCAAGUUAAAGACGAAGAAAAAAAUAAUAGCAAUCCAGCUGAGGGAAACAAGAAUGAACAAGUUGAAAAAGAUAGGAUGGGAAGUUCAGAAUUAGUAAAGAUAAAUCAAAUUGAAAAAAAGACAAAAUGCCGGCCAAUAGCAUUUCUAUUGGGACUUCCAUUUGCCUUAAUCUCUCUCAUCAUCGCUUUUAUUGGAGGAAUUAUCUGGAUUAUCGGGUUGAUUUUGACUUGCAUAUGCCCCUGUUGCUUUUGUGUGACUGUGUUGGUAGAAAUGGCACUUGGUCUGGUGAAUGCUCCUUUUCAACUCUUCCACUAUAUCACUGAUAAAAUACCUUUCUGAUCAAUUAAUUAAGACCCUUCCAUAUGGGAUUAAUUAAAAUGAAGAUUACUCAGUUUUGUACAUAACUAGAAAAAAUGUGUGUUUUAUAUAUUUGUCGUGUCUUCAAAAAAAAUUUCUUCUUUUGAUGGUUCUCUUUGGUCUCUUCACGUGUACUUCAUACAAUAAUUUGCUUGGUUAGUUUUGUUCUUAAUUUUGAUACAACUUUAGGUUAUUAAUGUAAAUCUCAU